CAAAAAACAUGAUCUUUGUACCCAGUCUCUCAAAUCAGCCUUGGCCACGUGUAAUUGAAAUCCGCUGAAGUCUUUAUAGUUUGAACAAUCCACUGGACGUUAGGAAUUCAAACUAAGCUACUUUGUUACCACUCUUUCCGUUGUUCGAAAAACUGGUUGGUGCAGAGGAACGUCGAACUACACCAUUCUCUCCUGCAAAAUAUAAGUCAUGAAACCUACCUUGGUUUUGAUUGGAGUCGCGGUUCUUUUGAGUCUACAGAGUGUGUGGUGUGUACAGGAGGACCCCACACAUGGCGGUGGUCACGGCAAGGAGCACAACCCGAUCCACAAAGAACACUACCAUGACGGCGCUCACGACCCGCACUAUGACCACGAGGCCAUUCUGGGAGACAGACAGCUGGAGAAGGAAUUCGAUGAACUGGAACCAGAGGAAGCCAAGCGUAGAUUAGGCGUCCUAGCUGGUGAAAUGGAUGCCAAUAAAGAUGGAUUCGUAUCUCGGGAUGAACUAGUCCAGUGGAUCAUGAACUCUUUCCGAAAGCUUGAUAUGGAGGACUCCUUAGAACAGUUUGAGGAGAGUGACGAGAAUGCCGACAACAAAGUUACCUGGAAAGAAUACCUGUCUCGUAACCAUGGUUUCAACAUCAACGAUUUCAAGGAUUACACUGAGGAGGAUGCAGUGAGCGAGUUCACAAAGGUUCUAGAAGAGGACAAGAAGAGGUUUGAUGCAGCAGACUUGGAUAAGGAUGGUGCCCUGAAGAAGGACGAGUUUGUUGCUUACUUGUAUCCAGCAGAUUUUCCUCACAUGCAUGACGUGGAAAUGGAGCGAACUCUCCAGGACCACGACAAAAAUAAGGACGGAAUCAUCACCAAGGAGGAGUUCCUCGCAGACACGGAUAAAAAUGACAAACAGCUUCUAUUACUGGAGGAGGAAAGGUUCACGGACUUCGACAAAAACAGGGACGGCAUACUCGACAAAAAAGAAAUCAAGGACUGGGUGCUACCCGAUAACAACGAGGCUGCUGUUGAAGAAGCGGAACAUUUAAUCGAGCGAUCAGAUUCAGACAAAGAUGGCAAACUGUCCAUCGAAGAGAUCGUCAACAAUCACGAAGACUUUGUCGGGAGCCAGGCCACUAAUUACGGAGAAUUUCUUCCCAAAGAUGAGCUCUGAUGAUUAAUAUUGACAUAUUUAGUAAUUUUUGUGCUUAAGAGUACUAUAUAUUUUUUAACAAUGUUAUUACCUAGACUAGUAAAUUAUACAUCAAUCUUAUACAACGGUAGAAGCUUUAUUUUACUUUUGUCAUGAGCUUAUGAUUAGUUCAUAUUACCCGUAAUCAUGUCAUUUUAACAAUCUUCCAAUAUCUUUAGAUUAAGGUUCUAUUUGCUUUUUUUAUUCUCAUUCUCAUUUAUUUUUUCCACAGGAAAUAAUAGUAAAUCAAAAACACCUACAUGUACUAAAUACAUGUAUAUGAACAUGAAUUAAUAUGUGUAACAGGCUAGUCAUAAUGUUUACCUGUAUCAAUUUGAUUAAAAACAAAUACAUGCAUGAUCAUUGAACAGAUGUUUAUUGUUGUUAAAAUCAUUCCAGUAUGUGUGAAUGUUAAGAUUUUUUUAAUACAUGUACAAUGAAGAGCAGAAAAAAUAUCUGAAAGUUGUAUGAUGGUGUGAAUGGGUCGAAGCCUCAUUCUGAUAAAAUGCCAGACACAAAUUACAUGAAAGAAAUAAGUUUUCAGUGCUAGAACAUUAUUUAAAACAUCCAUGUUGAAAUACUCAAGAAUACUUGUGAGCUUUUUGAAGAAAUAUUCUCUUUUUAUAUUUGCAUGCCUUAAUUCUAAUCCAUUAAAGUGUUUCAUAGUUUAGAAUUAUUGUCUAGAUAGAUACAGUGUAAGGAAGAAAGUGAAAUAAAUGUGUUCAUGAAUGAAAAUUGAUUGAUGUUGUUCAGAGUUGUUGUGACAUGUUUGUAGAUAACAGAAUGAUAUGAAACUGUGCUGCUACAGCAAAUCGGUGCAAUUGUAUUAAAUGUCUUUACAAUG